UUUUUUUUUCUCAUGGCGGGUGCCCUUAUUCUAGCAGCGUUGGGAGGAGGAACUGUGGCCGUCUUCAUAGCACUGCGGCUUUGGGUAGUGUUUCAUCACCAAGUCGUGCCCCGUGAGUCUCUCAGUCUCUUGGUAGUGGCUGGGUCCGGUGGGCACACCACUGAAAUCCUGAGACUGCUUGGGAACCUGUCUAAUGCUUACUCUCCAAGGCAUUAUAUCUUUGCUGACACGGAUGAAAUGAGUGCCCAUAAAAUAAGAUCUUUUGAACUAGAUCGAGCUGAAAGAUACUCCAGUACCGUGUAUACCACUGACCGAAUUCCAAGAAGCCGUGAGGUGCGGCAGUCCUGGCUCUCCACUGUGCUCACCACGUUGUACUCCAUGCUGUACUCCUUCCCGCUGACUUUCAGACUGAAGCCAGAUUUGGUGUUGUGUAACGGACCAGGAACAUGUGUUCCUAUCUGUUUAUCUGCCCUUCUCCUUGGGAUACUAGGAAUAAAGAAAGUGAUCAUUGUCUACGUUGAAAGUGUCUGCCGAGUGGAAACUUUAUCCCUGUCCGGAAAGAUUCUGUAUUACCUCUCGGAUUACUUCGUUGUUCAAUGGCCAACUCUUAAGGAAAAGUAUCCCAAAUCUGUGUACUUUGGACGAAUUGUUUGACAAACAACAACUUACUUCUUUAGAAUUUUGCAGUCAACAAUAAUAUUUAUUAUAACUGAAAAAAAAAAAAAAAA